AUGGACAUCAACAAGAUAAAGAAUAAUGUGGUAAAAAGUGUCGCAACUAGCGAGGAGGAGGUUUCUUCUAUUCAUCCACGCCUUGAGGCCAACAACAUCCGCUUUGUUGGACUCGGUGUGGAAGAGCUGGGCGUGCAAGAUUUUGUCAAAGGAGGAUUUUUUAGUGGAGAAUUGUAUAUUGACACAAAAAAGCAGUGUUACAAAGAUUUAGGUUUCAGAAGACUGAAUAUUUUCUCAGGAAUAGGAGCAUUGUUUUCCAAGUCUACCAGAGAUGGCUUGGCAAAGGCAAAAGAACAGAAUAUUGACGGAAACAUGAAAGGAGAUGGAUUUCAGAAUGGAGGUGCUCUUAUUGUGAAGGCUGGUGGAUCAGAGGUAAUAUACAGCUAUAAACAGGAGGAUCCCAGUGUUUAUGUCAAACCUAAUGACAUCCUAAAGGCCCUGGGGCUGGAGGAGAUAAAGGAGGAACCCCAGGCAGAAGAGGCUUCAGGGGGAGGGUGA